AUGCAUGCGCACAACAUACAUAACACCCUCAACACUGGUGGUGACAGCACCACCGAAGUCGAUGUUCUCACAUUCGACGGUGGUGUCGAAGCUUGCGCCGGUCAUGACGGGACGUCGACCCCAUCAGUCAUUCGCAACUCGGCCGAUGACAGUGCAGGUGUCCAUCGCGCGUGCAUCAUCGGCCUAUCCUCGCACCCAUACAACGGUGUCAACUAG